AUGUUGAAGUUCUCUUCCAGACCUUCAAUCCGUCUUCUGAUACAAUCCUGCAAAACCCUUCGCCACCUCCACCAGUUCCACGCUCACAUAAUUUCCAGAGGCCUCGAGCAAGACCAUUGGACCGUCUCCAACUUACUGAAGCUAUCGACGUCACUGUCGGCGUCUCUUUCCUACUCCACCUCUGUUUUCAACAGAGUGAUCGCUCCUUCCACCUUGCUCUACAACGUUCUGUUGAAAGUCUAUUCGCGGAGUUCCCGCUCCAGGGAGGCGUUUCUGCUGUAUACGAGGAUGAAGAAGAGUGAUAGUGCGUCUCCAGAUGAGUACACUCUCUCUUCCCUUGUCACCUCGUGUUCGCGGGAAUGUAAGUUGAGAGAAGGUCGAAUAGUUCAUGGGUCGGCGAUUAGAUACGGGGUUGUGGUUGAUAUGUUCGUGGGUUCAGGUUUGGUUGACUUUUAUGGUAAAUGUACGGAGAUGGUUAGCGCAGCUAAAGUGUUUGAUGAAAUGCCCGAGCGAAACGUUGUUUGUUGGACAGCGCUGGUGGUUGGGUAUGCGAAUGCUGGGGACAUGGGAAAUGCGAGGGAAGUGUUUGGCCUAAUGCCAGUGAGGAAUUCGGUUUCCUGGACUGCUAUGAUCAUUGGGUUGGUGAAAGCCGGGGACACUAUCGGUGCGAGAAAGUGGUUUGAUGAAAUGCCUCGAAAGACUGUUGUUGAUUAUACUGUUUUGAUUGAUGGAUAUGCCAAGGCUGGAGAUAUGGCUUCUGCACUGGCAUUGUUUGAAUCUUCUCCGGAGAAAGAUAUUGUUGCAUGGUCAGCAUUGAUAUCGGGAUUUGCUCAAAACGGUAUGCCAAAGCAGGCUUUGGAAAUGUUUAGAGAAAUGGAGUCUGCGGGUGUUAUACCUGAUGAAUUCAUCAUGGUGAGCUUGAUGUCAGCUUGUGCGCAGAUAGGUAGCUUGGAUUUGGCAAAAUCAGUUGAUCAUUACCUGGCCAAGAGCUCGAUUGAUUCUUGUCAAGCUCAUGUAAUGGCUGCCCUUAUAGGCAUGAAUGCAAGGUGCGGAAACAUGGCUAGAGCAGAAGAAUUGUUCAACAGAAUGCCUCAGCACGACCUGAUUACAUACUGUUCUAUGAUAAAAGGAUAUUCUAUCGAUGGACGUGGUGAUCAAGCUAUUGAACUAUUCAAUAGGAUGCUAGAUGAGGGGUUGGUUCCGGAUGAAGUUGCCUUUACAGUGAUUUUGUCAGCCUGCAGUCGAGCUGGUCUUGUGGAAGAGGGUUGGGAUUUUUUUACUACUCUCACGGAUAAGUACUCCUUAGUCCCAACUCGUGACCACUAUGCAUGUAUGGUUGAUCUUCUGAGCAAGGCAGGGCGGCUAGAAGCUGCUUACGAGCUUCUAGUAUCGUCCCCUUUAGAGCCUUAUGCAUGUGCUUGGGGUGCACUUCUUGGAGCUUGUAAGCUUUAUGUUAAUCUUGAAUUGGGUGAGAAUGUUGCCACUAGACUAUUUGAGCUUGAACCGCAAAAUGCCGCUAAUUAUGUGCUGCUGUCUGACAUCUAUGCCGCAUCAGAUCGUUGGUUGGAUGUUUCUCUUCUUAGAGAAAAGAUGAAAGAGAGAGGGCUUAGAAAGAUACCGGGUUGCAGUUGGGUAUAG